AUGCCAUUUCCGAAUGAAAACCAGACUGUGUUGAGGAGUUUCUACAUUUUGGGAUUUAAAAACAUGGAAGAAAAGAGAAUUUUAUUGUUUAUGCUACUACUGAGUAUUUAUUUGCUGACGUUAUCUGGCAAUAUGCUCAUAAUUAUUAUAACCAAGUCCGACACCAUCCUAGAAAACCCAAUGUUCUGUCUUCUGGGAAACUUAUCAAUGCUGGACAUUUGUUAUAUUUCAGCCACUGUACCACAUAUGUUGGUUAUUUUGGCGUCACGGCAAAACAGAAUUUCAUUUGAUGGCUGUUUAGCACAACUUUUUUCUGUCAUUUUCCUGGAGAGUGUUGAAUGUUUUUUACUGGCCAUCAUGGCAUAUGACCGCUAUGCAGCUAUUUGCAAACCCUUGCACUACAUUCUCAUCAUGAGCAGAGAAUUCUGCUACAGUUUACUUUCCUGGGCAAUAAUUGCGAGUAUUCUGCACUCACUACUUCAUACAUUACUCAUUGUGCGUUUACCAUUCUGUGAUGAUGAAAUUAACCAUUUGUUUUGUGAUAUCCCACCUCUUCUGAAACUCUCAUGUACUGAUACCUCUCUAAAUGAGAUGGUAUUGUUUGCAGUCAGUGGGGUAUUUGUGGGACUUGGUCCACUUCUCUUUAUUUUUCUCUCAUAUAUCUAUAUUGUUUGUACAGUUUGUAAAAUGGCAUCUGAAUCAGGAAGAAAGAAGACGUUCUCCACCUGUGCGUCUCAUCUUAUCAUAGUGUCUGUAUUCUAUGGAACUGGAAGUUUUACCUACAUUAGACCAAAGACCAGCUACUCCCUGGAAAGGGACAAAUUGCUCUCAUUAUUCUAUAAUAUAGUCACGCCUCUGGCAAAUCCCAUAGUGUAUAGCCUACGGAAUACUGAAUUACGGACAGCUCUCAGAAAGUUAUUUAGAAGACGGAUAUGCCAGAGUUAG